AUGAAGACUUCAGAGGAAUAUAGUUCUUACUGGAUGAAAAUCAUAAUGCUGACCGGAGCGAUGUUCGUCUUUUCCAUCACUGGAGGCCUUUUGGCUGGUGCCAUUCGAAUGAUUUAUUUGGUUAAGCUCAACAAAUCGCUGAUUCGCGCGGCGACCAAUCUACAUAGUGCCGGACAAAUUAUGAAAAAAGCGAUUCUGGAACCAUCGGUUUUGGCUGUGAUAGCCAAUGAGGGGAAUGGAAUGGAUUUUAAUGAGAAGGGCAAAAGCAAGGACAAAAAGGUCAAAACGAGCAAAAACUCAAAAAAAUAA